AUGGACGACCGCAUCCUCUUGCCCACCGACAAGGUCACAGCAUUGCUGAAACAGGAUCAUUUCCCCGUCGCCGAUGACGAAGAAGACGACGAGUCUGAGAAUGGACAACUCCGAGAGAUGGUUCAGCAGCUUUCGAAUCCGGACAGCGUCCUCGCCCGGCGCGUUGAGGAGAUUAGCAUAGGAUCGCCUGCGAUGCGAGAAUAUGACUACCGCCGGCAGUUUGAUGAGGAGGAGGACGACGACGAGGAUGAUGAUGAAGAUGGUGAUGACGAUCAUAACCAUGACCAUGACGAGGAGAAUGAUGACAACAGUAACAACGACGAGAUUAUCGCGAUUCUGCCCAACGUGCUGGAUUCCGCAGCACUCGAGCGCAUUCUCAACAGCGUCAAGAACCUUCGCACCUUGUCGUGA